GUUCGGACUGAGGAGGAGAAUUUAAAUACAGGAAAUAUACCAAUCCUAUCUCUUCCUGCAGAACAUGGCUGGUUACUGGUUGGUGGACAUUCAAAGAUAACCAAGCUGUUGGAGCCAGCGCUUAAUCUGCUUUUAGGAGAGGGGGCCAUAGUUAUCGCUGGCUCAGGUUCAAACACACCCAAGAAGGUCUGGAGGUUUGUUGGGAGGGGUAUUCCUAGAGCAGUCAUCUGCCUUCUGCUUAGCAGAUCUGCUUGCCUUAGAAUUUCUAGCAGACUAGCAGACCAGCAGACAGAUACCAGGUUGUCUGAGUAUGAUGUUUGUAGCGAGGAUCUCACCAAGAAGUUUAUUACACUAUUCCCAUCAGAACCCUGUAUACAGUCCCUUAGAGAGCUUACAGAUAAUAUACCCUGGGUUGCAGGAGGUGUAAAGCUGACUGUUGAUGAGGCGAGAGAACUGGUUUUAGUGACAGCCGGGGCAACUUCCGUUUUAUCCUUUGACCUUAAUCUACCCUUGGAAUCAUCUUUGGAGCUCAAGCUGCCUUUGGAAUCCGGGAAUCAAGGGGAACAGCAAGUUAAACUUUAUCACAAAAAAAGUGUUGCAUACGUUUAUCAAGUGCCAGCGACGCGUCCAUUGAUCAAGAAAGUUCGGUUAAAGCCCACAAACGAUGUAUCGUUGUUAAAGAGUAAAAAUUCCUUGUUAAAACCUGGCCAAUCUUUGCUCAAAAAUCCGCCAAAGCGUAAACUUGAACCUAACAGUACAAUCAGUGCAAAGCAGACGUUCCAAUCAUUCCAAGAUGGUAAAUCUCCGCAAGAACGAAAUGGCGGUUGUCCAGAAAUUCAAAGUGGCGGCGCUCCAAAACUUCAAAAUGAAGCUUUUUGCCAACCAGUCCCACGUGAACAUUCUUAUAGUGAUAAAGAUGAAGACUCCAGUGAAAAUAUAUUCAUAAACAAGGACUUCUCUGCUCCUGCUGUGAUAGAAAAUUAUGUGACUGGCGUCGAAAACCUUGCUGAAGAGAAACCUAAGGUUUAUUGUAAUCUAGAUCUGGAAUACUCACUGGAGGUAGAGAUAGGUUGACGGAAACAGUGAAGAAAUUUGCAAUAAAAAAAGUUAUAGAAUUGUAAAAAUACAUAUUAUAGAUGUUUUAAUUUUGUUACAGAAAA